AUGGAACCAGAGCCAGUCGAGGUGGAAUUGGAGACAAUCUUUUUCGGGAGUGUUCACAACGUCAAUAGCAAUAACAACAUCAGAAAUGACAACCAGAACCACAACAACAAUAGCAACGAGGAGAACAAAGAGGAGAAUGUUCUAACGAAUGACGAAAGUAACGAUGCCGAUAGUAGACAGGUGUCGGGGGAUCUGAGUGGACCGUGCUCACAGACACAGCAGGGGUCGUUCCCGGAAGAGUGCCUCCACGCUGCGUGUGCUGUCGACAGCUUAACCACUGGAGAGGGAGAGGGAGGAAAGGGUCAGGAGAGGGCCAGGCACACACAGGCACAGAGUGGAGCAGGAGGAGGGGGGAACAAAGAGUGGCAGGGGGAUGAAAGCACACAGGGAGAGUGGGAAGAAGAGGAGGAAAGGCACAGUUCCAGUGGAGAGAGAAGCCUGGAAAGGCACAUAGUGAAAGAUGGAGGUGAGGAGGACAGAGAGAAAGAGGUUUUGGUGGUGGGACGUGUUCGCCGUGCUGCCAACAGACACCCUCACUUCUCCCUGUAUAACUUCCAGGUGCAGGUACCAGAGAACCAGCCCCCAGGCACCUCAGUCAUAGCCAUUUCAGCCACAGACCCAGACUCAGGUGACGCAGGCAUGCUCAGCUACACCAUGGCCCCUCUCAUGAACAGCAGAUCAACUGACUACUUCCACAUUGACCCCGACACAGGCCUCAUCACCACCUCCCAGGUGCUGGACAGGGAGCACAUGGACCUGCAUUACUUCCGGGUCACAGCGUCAGACCACGGCUCUCCACGCUUCUCUGGCACCACCAUGGUGGCCAUCACCGUGGCCGACCGCAAUGACCACUCGCCCAUUUUUGAGCAUGCAGAGUACCGGGAGACCAUCCGGGAGAACGUGGAAGAGGGUUACCCCAUCCUGCAGCUCCGAGCCACUGACCUGGAUGCCCCGUCCAACGCCAACAUCCGCUACCGCUUCAUAGGAGACACCGCAGCCACCGCCCGCGCCGCUUUCGAGAUCGACCCCCGCUCAGGGCUGAUCACUACGCGGGGGGCAGUCGACAGGGAGACCAACGAGCGUUACACCCUCCACGUGGAGGCCAGUGACCAGGGAAAGGAGCCCGGGCCGCGCUCAGCCACCGUUAAGGUCUUCAUCACGGUGCUGGAUGAGAACGACAACGUUCCCCAGUUCAGCGAGAAGCGCUAUGUGGUGGCGGUCAGGGAGGAUGUCCGGCCCCACUCGGAGAUCUUGAGGGUAAGUGCUACGGACUAUGAUAAGGAUAGCAAUGCGGCCGUCCACUACAACAUCAUCAGUGGGAACAGCCGGGGCCAGUUCAACAUCGACAGUGUGACGGGGGAGAUCCAGGUAGUUGCCCCUCUGGACUUCGAGGCAGAGAGGGAAUACACUCUGAGGGUACGGGCCCAGGACAACGGCCGGCCGCCCCUCUCCAACAAUACAGGUAUCAUCAGCGUGCAGGUGACCGACGUCAACGACAACCCUCCCAUCUUCGUUUCCACACCGUUCCAGGCAUCAGUGCUGGAGAGCGCCCCCGUGGGCAGCUCCAUCCUCCACAUCCAGGCCAUCGACACCGACUCUGGGGACAAUGCCCGUCUGGAGUACAGGCUGACUGGCACUAGCCCUGACAUGCCCUUUACCAUCAACUCUGCCACCGGCUGGGUGACGGUCAGCUCGGCUCUGGACCGAGAGUCUGUAGAACACUUCUUCUUUGGGGUGGAUGCCAGAGACUAUGGCGUCCCACCUCUCUCUGCCACAGCCAGCGUGACCAUAACAGUGAUGGACGUCAAUGACAACAGGCCAGAGUUUCUGCAGAAAGAGUACUUUGUGAGGCUUAAUGAGGACGCGGCCGUGGGCACCAGUGUGGUCGUUGUGACCGCGGUCGAUCGUGAUGUCAACAGUGCGGUCACCUAUCAGAUCACGGGUGGCAACACGCGUAACCGCUUUGCCAUAAGCACAGCCGGAGGGUCGGGGAUGGUCUCCCUAGCGCUGCCACUCGACUACAAACAGGAACGGCGCUACGUUCUGACUGUGACCGCCUCAGACCGCACACUACACGACACGUGCCAGGUCCACGUCAACAUCACGGAUGCCAACACGCACCGGCCUGUAUUCCAGAGCGCUCACUACUCAGUGUCUGUGAACGAGGACCGGCCGCCGGGCAGCACGGUCGUGGUCAUCAGUGCCACGGAUGAUGACGUCGGUGAGAACGCUCGCAUCACCUACUUCUUGGAGGACAACAUCCCCCAGUUCCGCAUCGACCCGUCCAGCGGAGCCAUCACCCUGCAGGCCGAGCUGGACUACGAAGACCAGAUGACCUACACUCUAGCCAUCACCGCCCGGGACAACGGCAUCCCACAGAAGUCUGACACCACCUACGUAGAGGUGAAUGUGAACGAUGUGAAUGACAACGCACCACAGUUCCUCAGCCCCAGGUACCAGGGCACCGUCAGUGAAGACGCACCACCCUUCACUAGCGUCCUACAGAUAUCCGCCAUGGACCGAGAUGCCCACGCCAACGGCCGCGUCCAGUACACCUUCCAGAAUGGGGAGGACGGCGACGGUGACUUCACCAUCGAGCCCACAUCGGGCAUUGUACGCACGGUCCGUCGUCUGGACCGCGAGAGUGUUCCCUUCUAUGAGCUGACGGCGUACGCAGUGGACCGUGGGUUGCCUCCACAGCGGACGCCCGUCCACAUCCAGGUGACAGUUCUCGAUGUCAAUGACAACGCACCCGUGUUCCCAGCGGACGACUUUGAGGUUCUAGUGAAGGAGAACAGCGCUGUGGGGUCAGUGGUGGCCCAGAUUACAGCCACAGAUCCAGACGAGGGGGCCAACGCCCAGAUCAUGUACCAGAUCGUAGAAGGUAACAUCCCUGAGAUCUUCCAGAUGGACAUCUUCUCUGGGGAGCUCACCUCCCUCAUCGACCUGGACUACGAAGCCCGCUCAGAGUACGUGAUCGUGGUCCAGGCCACCUCAGCCCCCUUGGUGAGUCGGGCCACGGUGCGCAUCCGGCUGGUGGACCAGAACGACAACCGGCCCCAGCUCCAGGACUUCCAGAUUAUCUUCAACAACUUUGUGUCCAACCGUUCCAACAGUUUCCCCAGUGGGGGGAUCGGACGGGUGCCGGCCCACGACCCGGACGUGAGCGACCGUCUCUUCUACACUAUCGACCGGGGCAACGAGCUGCACCUGCUGCUUCUCAACCACAGCAGCGGGGAGAUCCGGCUGAGCCGCAAGCUGGACAACAACAGAGCCUUGGUGGCCCCCAUGCUCAUCACUGUCACAGACGGAGUCCACAGUAUCUCGGCCCAGUGCGUUCUUCGAGUGCUCAUCAUCACAGAGGACAUGUUGAGCAGCAGCGUGACAGUGCGCCUCCAAAACAUGUCCCAGGAGCACUUCCUGUCCCCACUGCUGGGUCACUUCCUGGAGGGGGUGUCGGCGGUGCUGUCCAUCCCUCCGGAGGAUGUUUUUGUAUUUAACAUCCAGCCGGACGGCGAAGCAGGGGGCAUCCUGAACGUCAGUUUCACCGCUGCGCUGCCCGGGGGUAACUUUUUACCCUCAGAGGCCCUGGAAGAGCAACUCUACCUCAACCGUCCGCACCUCACCUCCUUGGCAAAGAUGGAGGUGCUCCCGUUCGAUGACAACGUGUGUCUGCGGGAGCCGUGUCAGAACUACAUGAAGUGCAUCUCGGUGCUUCGCUUCAACAGCUCUGCUCCCUUUAUCUCCUCUCCCUCCGUCCUGUUCCGGCCCAUCCACCCCAUCGCCGGGCUGCGCUGCCGCUGCCCCGCAGGCUUCACUGGGGACUACUGCGAGACGGAGAUCAACCUGUGUUACUCCAACCCCUGUCUCAACGGAGGAGUGUGUGCUCGCAGGGAGGGAGGCUACACCUGUAUCUGCAGAGAAGACUACACAGGCGAGCGGUGUGAGUGGGACAGGCGUCAGGGCCGCUGUGUCCCGGGGGUGUGUAGGAAUGGGGGGACGUGCAGGGAGCUGUCUGGAGGGGGGUUCCGCUGUGAGUGCCCCGCAGGAGGGUACGAGCGGCCCUACUGCGCUGUCACUGCACGCUCCUUCCCCCCCAAAUCAUUUAUCAUGUUCCGAGGCCUCCGCCAGAGAUUCCACCUCUCCAUUUCUCUCACUUUUGCCACUCUGGAGAACAGUGGCCUCCUCUUCUACAACGGACGCUUCAAUGAGAAACACGACUUCCUGACUCUGGAGAUCCUAGAGGGACAGGUGGUGCUCAAGUACUCCACAGGUGAAUUGUCCACUCAGGUGAGCCCCUUUCUACCUGGGGGCGUGGCCGAUGGAAACUGGCACACUGUCCACAUCCACUACUACAACAAGCCCAAGCGCAGUGUGAGUGGGGAGGCCCAGGGUCCAUCUGAUGAGAAGGUGGCGGUGGUCAGCGUGGACGACUGUGACACAGCAGUGUCGCUACGCUUCGGAACACAGCUCGGCAACUACAGCUGUGCUGCUCAGGGCAAGCAGACCAGCUCCAAGAAAUCUCUGGAUCUCACCGGUCCCUUGUUUUUGGGCGGAGUGCCCAACAUGCCUGAUCAUUUCCCGUUUCACACCCGGGAGUUUAUUGGCUGUAUGAAAGACCUCCACAUCGACAACAGACCUUUGGACCUGGCGGGAUACAUCGCUAACAAUGGAACCCUACCUGGAUGUAGUGCCAAGCUGCCCUUCUGUAACUCCGACCCAUGUCAGAACGGAGGAACGUGUCGUGUCAGCUGGGAGACCUUCUCAUGUGACUGCCCCCUAGGGUUUGGAGGGAAGGACUGCAGCCAUGUGAUGCCCCACCCACAUCGUUUCCUGGGAAACAGUGCCCUCUGGUGGGACCUGAAGAAUGACGUGACCAUCUCCACACCUUGGUACCUGGGGCUGGUGUUUAGGACGCGGGCCAGGGAGGGCACCCUGCUGCAGGCACAGGCCGGACAGUACACCAGCCUGGUCUUCCAGCUGGUGAGUGGUCAGCUGGUGUUCUCGGUGACCAAGGGGUCGACGCUGCCGGUGCGUCUGCGUCUGGACCAGGUGCAGGUGAGCGACGGGCGCUGGCACGACCUGCAGCUGGAGCUCCGAGACGUCCGCAGCGGGAGGGAGACGCGCUACGUGGCUACCGUCCGCCUCGACUUUGGCCUCUUCCAGGGCACAGUGAUAGUGGGGAAUGAGAUCCAUGGGCUGAAAGUGAAACACCUCCAUGUGGGCGGAGUCCUGGGCUUGGGGGAGGUGCAGAACGGGAUACGGGGCUGCAUCCAGGGGGUUCGUUUGGGGGUGCGACCAGAUGCCACGCCCCUGCCCCGCCCCUCCAGGGCUGUCAAAGUGGAGACGGGCUGUAGCGUUGGCAACCCCUGUGUCUCUUCCUCCUGCCCGCCCCACAGCCGCUGUUGUGACAAUUGGGAACGCCACACCUGUCUGUGCGAACCAGGUUUCUAUGGUAAGGGCUGUAUAGAAGCGUGCCAGCUGAACCCGUGUGAGAAUGAAGCCAAGUGCCACAGGAAGCCCAGCUCAUCACACGGAUACAUCUGUGACUGUGGAGACAACCACUAUGGCCAGUACUGUCAGCACAGGAUUGACCACCAGUGUCCACGUGGUUGGUGGGGCUCUCCAACAUGUGGGCCCUGCCACUGUAACACCAGUAAAGGAUUCGACCCCGACUGCAACAAGACCAGUGGCCACUGCCAUUGCAAGGAGUUCCACUACCGCCUGCGGGGCAGUGACUCCUGCCUGCCGUGUGACUGCUACCCUGUGGGCUCCUUCUCCCGGUCAUGUGACCCAGAGAGUGGCCAGUGCCAGUGUCGGGCUGGUGUGAUUGGUCGACAGUGCAACAUGUGCGACAACCCCUUCGCUGAAGUCACACUGAAGGGCUGCGAAGUCAUCUAUGACGGCUGUCCUAAGACCAUCACCCUGGGUAUCUGGUGGCCCAGGACGAAGUUCAACCUGCCAGCAGCCGUGCCCUGUCCUAAAGGAUCCGUGGGUGCUGCUAUCAGACACUGUGACGUGGAGAGGGGCUGGCUGGAGCCGGAUCUCUACAACUGUACCUCUCCUCCCUUUGUGGAGCUCAAUGCAGCACUGGAGUCGGUUGAGCGGAACGAGACAGAGCUCAGCACCAUCGUGGAGAAGAAACUGGCCCACCAGCUCCGUGAUGUCACCGAGGCCACGCCCCGUCUCUAUGGCAAUGACCUCCAGAUUGCCGAGCGGCUACUGUCCCGCCUGUUGACCUUCGAGAGUCUGCAGACGGGCUUCGGCCUGACCGCCACCCAGGACGCACACUUCAACGAGAAUGUUCUGCAGGGCUGUAGUGCAGUGCUGGGUCCAGGCAGUGCAAGUUUAUGGCGGGCCCAGAUCCAGGCCCAGGGAGGGGCAGGAGGGCUGGCUGAUCUGCUGGAGCAGUAUGCCCAGACCCUGGCCCAGAACAUGAAGCUCACCUACCUGAACCCCGUGGCUCUGGUCGCCCCCAACAUCGUGAUGAACCUGGACCGCGUUGAGAACCACACCCAUGUGCGCAGACGUUUCCCUCGCUACCACAGCCCUCUGUUCCGCGGCCAGGCUCUCUGGGACCCCCACACACAUGUGGUGUUGCCCCCUGCUGCCCUGGUGCCACAACGACACCAACUUUCAGCUUCACAGAACACAGCUCCUGCCCCUGUCAGUAUGUUGGCCAAUCAGACGGGAGACUAUGCUGCAGCCAGGCAUUCUGUUUCGCUACUGGAGCCGCCUAUCACCAUUGUCAUCAUGUUGAUCUAUCGUAGCCUUGGAGCAGCCCUCCCCCCCAAGUACCACACUGACCGACGAGGAGUCAGACUCCCCAGACAUCCAGUGAUGAACUCUCCGGUGGUCAGUGUGUCCAUCUACAACAACCAGACGUUUGUUGGGGGUCCGCUGGACUCGCCCCUGCUGCUGGAGUUCCGCCUGCUGGAGACCACCAACCGCAGCAAACCCCUGUGUGUCCAGUGGAACCACAGCAGCCCGUUGGAGGUGGGAGGUUGCUGGACAGUGAGGGACUGCAUCGUAGUAUACAGGAACACGUCCCACGUGCGUUGCCAGUGUCAGAGGCUGGGCACCUUUGGUGUCCUGAUGGACAGCUCCCAGAGAGAACAGUUGGAGGGGGAUCUGGAGACCUUGGCCCUGGUCACCUACUUCUCCCUGUCUGUGUCCAUGCUGGCCCUGCUGCUCACUGUCCUGGUGCUGUCCUGCCUCCGGGGCCUCAAGUCCAACACCCGCUCCAUCCAUUCCAACAUGGCCGCCGCCAUGCUGCUCUCUGAGCUCGUCUUCCUGCUCGGCAUCAACCAGACCGAGCAGCAGUUCCUGUGUACGGUGGUGGCCAUCCUGCUGCACUAUUUGUUCAUGGCCACGUUUGCCUGGCUGUUUGUGGAGGGGCUCCAUAUCUACCGCAUGCAGACAGAGGCACGCAACAUAAAUUAUGGAGCCAUGAGGUUCUACUAUGCCAUCGGAUGGGGCGUGCCUGCCAUCAUCACAGGUUUGGCGGUAGGGCUGGAUCCUGAGGGCUAUGGAAACCCAGACUUCUGCUGGAUCUCCAUAUAUGACAAACUCAUCUGGAGCUUCGCUGGACCCAUCGCUAUCGUCAUUCUGAUGAAUGGUGGGAUGUUUCUGAUUGUGGCUCGCAUGUCCUGCAACCCCUCCCAGAAAGAGACCAAGAAACUACCUGUCAUAGCCACUCUACGUGGUGCCAUCCUCCUGCUGCUCCUGGCCACCUCUACCUGGUUCUUUGGGCUGAUGGCUGUCAACAACAGCAUUCUGGCCUUCCACUAUAUCUUCAUUGUACUAUGCUUACUGCAGGGUCUUGCUAUGUUCCUGCUAUUCACGGUGAUGAACGCGGAGGUGCAGGAGGUCUGGAAGUUGUCAUGUCUGGGCAAGAAGAGCCUCAACGAGGACGCACCUAGAGCCCCACAGAUCCCUAACCCCUACAACAAUGCGUCGUUGCUGGAGCAGAGCGGGCUGCACCGCAUCACCCUGGGAGCCUCCACCAUCUCCUCUGUCAGCAGCGCUCGGGAGAACCUGCUGGCCCGCCAGACCUUGGAACACAAUCUGGGAAUUGCUGGAGCUACAGACCUGGAUGUGGCUAUGUUCCAUAGAGACAGAGGUGAGGACUCAGACACAGACUCAGAUGUCUCUUUGGAAGGGGAACGUAGUCUCUCGAUCCCCUCCUCCGAGAGUGAGGACAACGUUCGUCUCCGUGGACGCAUCCAGCGGCGUUUCAAACGCACCAAUCACAGCGAGCGGCUGCUCACAGAGCCCACCCACAAUAGCACCAAAGACCUGGAUGGCAAUGACCUGCUCUCCUAUUGGCCAGCGCUGGAGGAGUGCGAAGUCCACUCCCUGCAGAAGUGGGGCUCAGAGCGCCGCCUAGGGGCAGACUACAGCAAGGAUGGCGCCAACAACAACCAGCCUGACGCAGCGCUGACCAGCGGGGACGAGAACGGCCUGACAGGACAGCCCAGCCGCCACCGCAAGGGCAUCCUGAAGAACCGUAUUGGCUGUCCGCCGGCCCUGCAGGGUCUCUCCACCAUGGGCCGGGUCCCCAGCGAUCUCUCCUGGUACCGCACCUCCACCCUGGGCCACAGGGGCGUCCCGGCAGCCUCCUACGGCCGCAUGUACUCUGGGACAGGCUCCCUGUCUGGCACGGGUUCCUUGUCCCAGCCCGCCUCCCGCUACUCUUCCAGGGAGCACCUGGACUCUCUGGCUCGCCGCCAGUUCUCCAGAGACCCCCUGGGCCGCCAGGCUGGAGGAGGGUCCCAGAACCGCCUGGACCGCCAGGGCUCCCGGGACAACCUGGACCUGCUCCCCCGCCGCCGUGAGCCGGGCCUAGACAGAGCCUCCAGGGAGAACCUGAGCAGCUCCAGAGACAGGCUGGACAUCCAGCAGCACAGCGCCCACGCCUCCCGGGAGGACUUGAGUGGGAAUGGAGGUGUGGAGCCGAGUCUGGGGGGGUCGCGCUCCCAGCUCAACACCCUGACGCGACGCCAGGCCUCCUCCCGUGAACACCUGGGAGGAGCGCUGAUGAGCAGCCGCUCCCGUGAGCAGCUGGAGGGCAAUGGGGGAGGUGGGGUGACUCAGUCCCAGCCCUGCAGGGAGUGGCUGCGCACACUGCCCCCCCGUCAGCCCUCGCACCCCGACCAGCCCCCACCCUCCUCCCCUCCACCCCCAAUCAGCGAGGAACCCCAGGAAUCCCCCCUACCCUGUCGCGGCCGGCUGGACUCUGCUCCCCCGUGUAGGUACCCCCUCCCUGCCCUCGGCGCGCCCCCCAGCCGCCAUCCGUCCAGCGAGCACCUGGACAUCCUGUCCUCCAUCUUGGCCUCCUUCAGCUCUUCUGUGCUCACCCCCCCAGACCCCUCAUCUGCACAGGGACCCUCCCCCUCCCCACCCCACUCCGCCACCUCCCACAGCAUCUCUGAGGUCUCCCCAGACUCUGAGUAA